GACAUUGCCUCAACAUUUAGGUCCAGAAUAUGUACGCGCCUAACCGCAUACAGUCCGGUGCCUAGUAUACAGUACAUUAUAAAACGGAUUUGCGUCCAGUGUUGCGUGAAAAACGUACAUCAUUGGCAAACGGCUGCCUGAAUUUAUGCAACCGAAAAUGAGAAAGAUUAUAUUUACAUAAGAACUAAGACACGAAGGUCACUUUUGAGUCCUCGGAUUCCUAUUCGGGCGUAUCGUUCUGUGAUAUUUUCAGUGAACAGUUGCAAUGUGUGAGAGAUAUGGUUUAUAUUUUGUGGCGGUAGCGGCGUCCUUCGUGAGUGUGUGUUCGGGCCGGCUAGCGCCCGACUUCAUUCACCCCUGCAACAACACAGAGUCUUCCUGUUUAGUUCAAGCCACCCAAGAUGCCAUACCAGAGUUUUCCAAAGGUCUACCCCAUCUUGGAGUGCCGGCCUUGGACCCUUUCAUCAUCGAAGAGCUGCCAAUUCAGCUACCAGGGGUCAAGGUCACGUUCAUAGAUGGGAAGGUCACGGGGCUACGGAAAUGUCAGGUGCUAAAUGUUGAAGCAUACUUAGAGAGAAAUAUAUUUAUAUUGGAAAUACGAUGCAAUAUAACGAUUAAGGGAAAAUAUACAGCUGUUGGGAGAUUGCUACUCUUCCCUAUAAACGGCGAGGGAGAUUCUAAAAUAAAAAUCGUUAACUCCAUAAUAAAACUGAAUAUAAAGACGAAGUACUUCAAGGACUCGGAGGGACGCGAUCACUUCGGAAUAAAGAAUUAUAGAUAUGCCUUUGACUAUGGCGAUAGAGUGCAUUAUACAAUCAACAAUUUGUUCAAAGGGAAUCCUGAGCUAAGCAACACAGUAUUACAAUUUCUCAAUGAAAACUGGAAGAUCGUAACAGAAGAGUUUGGGCAGCCAGUGGUCGACUAUGCUAUGAACGUUACCAUAGAAACGGCGAAGAAAUUCUUCGAUGCGGUACCAUACGACGAAUUACUUGAAGUACCUAUACCAAAGUACUGAUUGUCACAAUAUGUUACGGCCCAAUACUUCAUUGGGCGAUAUAAUUAUUGCAACUCAAUGUGAUUUCAUUAUCAUACCCUAUAUAUACCUACGUAGACAAAGAAAAUAUACAAUAUAAUUAUUAUGUUUGUAAGUUUGUAUAAUUAAUAUUGCAGUCGUAAGAUAAAUCAAUUUCAAAUGUAUACCUAAUAUUAACAGAGUAACAAACACUGAUUUUGGCCCACUUCGGUAUA